AUGUGGUACGUGUGUAUUGAGAUCAUGCAGACUGCAUGGGCACACAGUGGGGUCACCACAGCCAUCCGGAGUAUCACAGGAAAGGAUCAUCAGAGGGAAGGAAUCAGCGGCAGAAUAAAUUCCAGAAGAGAACUCGCAGACAAAAAACAGGACUUCCAGGUGCGUGUGAGGAUCAUUGAAGGCCGCCAGCUCCAGGGAAACAACAUCAAGCCCGUGGUGAAGGUCUUCAUCGGAGACCACGUGUACAGGACGAGAAUCAAAACGGGGAACAACCCCUAUUUUAAUGAGAUAUUUUUCCAGAACUUCCAUGAGACGCCUACUCAGCUCUUUGACGAGACCAUAAACAUACAGGUGCUGAACUCAAGGGCGGUGCGAGCGGAUUCCAUCAUUGGAGUGUUCAAGCUUGAGGUUGGCCGUGUGUACGACUCUCCCGGUAGGGAGCUGGACAAGCCUGCGGAGAGCGAGGACGUAGAGUCCAACCUUCUCAAGCCAGCAGCGAUGCCCGUAUGCAUGGCCACCUUUCAGCUCCGCGUAUACAGAGCUGAGGAUAUGCCCCAAAUGGAGGACUCUUGCCUGCAUUACUUUAGGUCCAUGUUCCAGAUGCAUGUCGACAAAAGGAUCUGCGCUGACCCUUCUGUGGAAGUUAGUUUUGCAGGGAAAACGCGCUGCACCAGAGUGAUGCCAAGAAAUGCCAACCCGGAGUGGAACCAGGUGCUGUUCUUUCCUGCCCAGUUACCGGCCGUGUGUGAUAAGAUCAAGCUCACCGUGCUGAACGGGGACCGAGCAGGAAAGAGGGACGUCCUUGGGACCACCUACAUCAGCCUGUCCCAGGUGUCCUCCACGGGGGCUGAGAUAGAAGGGGAUUUCUCCGGGUUCCUGCCAUGCUUUGGACCCAGCUUCCUGACCCUCUAUGGGAGCCCCAGGGAAUUCACCAGCCUCCACGACCCAUAUGAGAAACUCAACUCUGGGAGCGAGGAAGGGGUGGCCUAUCGAGGUCGGAUUCUAGUGGAAUUAAACACCAGCAUGGAUAGGACCCCCCAGCAGGAAAUAGAGGAGAUCCCUGCAGAGGCUGUUGCCAGGGUGGAGCGAUACUUGUCGCGGCGGAAGUACGGCCUGUGUGCCAUCUUCUAUUCAGCCACCAUGCUGCCCGCUAUCAAGGAGCUGAUCCAGUUUGAGGUCAGCAUCGGGAACUAUGGCAACAAGUUUGACGUGACCUGCAAGCCCUGUGCCUCAACCACCCAGUACAGCCAAGCUGUGUUUGACGGAAACCAUUAUCACUAUCUGCCGUGGUACGACACCAAGCCAAUGGUGGCCAUCACCUCUUUCUGGGAGGACGCUAGCUACUACAUGGACACCCUGAACAUCCUGCACUCCACACGGGACAGGCUGACAUUGAAUCUGGAUGCUCUGAGAUCCGUCCAAACCGCCGAGGAUCCAUCUUUGGGUGACGUCUGGAAGAAGCUGCUGAAAGAGCUGCUGGAGGACUGCAACAGGCCGCUGCCCAGUUUGGAAGGUCGGGUGACAGCCACAGGCCUGGAUCAGCAGCUGAGGGACCUGCGUGGUCGGCUCCUCCACCAAGUAGCCAGGUCUGCAGAAAGGCUGAGCGCUGGGACGAGCCCAAAGACCCUGAUCCUCAAGGUAGAGGACUGGCUGCAGAGGAUCAACUCCGUCACUCCGGAGCCCCAAGCCAGCAUGCCCGACGUGGUGAUCUGGAUGCUGUGCAAGGAGAAGCGGGUGGCCUAUGCCCGCGUGAAGGCUCACACCAUCAUGUUCUCCAAGGCCGGUCCCUGCGCCUGCGGCAAGCUGUGCGGGAAAACCCACACCCUCUUCCUGAAGAGCCCCCAGCGAGACGGGAAGGACACCAUGCAUGGCCAGCUGCGCAUGCGAAUGUGGCUGAGUCUGGUGUCGGACAGCCAGGAGUUCAUGAGGCACUGCGAGGGGAAGAUCGGGGUCUAUGCAGAGACGUACGAGAACCAGGUGAAGAUCUUUGGGAAGUGGGGGCCCAAAGGGCUGAUGCAGCACCCCAGCUUCUCGGACAUAACCGGGAAGAUUGGUGUCCCGAAGGACAAGUUCCAGCUGCCCAAGGGCUGGCACUGGGAUGGCGACUGGGCGGUGGAGCCACAGAGGAGGCUGCUGCUGGAUACUGAGACCAACCACAGUGAGGUGCUGGAGGAGGUGUACGAGAACGAGAGCCGGCAGCCAGGGGAAGAGUGGGCCCCAGCCCCUUCUCCCAACCCCGAUGCGGGCGGAGCCGCCGUCUCCCCAAAGGAAGGGAUCGUGUGCCCUAAGGGCUGGCACUUCGAGGAAGGCUGGAGGGUGGAGGUGAACCGAGCUGUGGAUGAGUCUGGCUGGGAGUACGGCAUUGGCAUCCCCCACACCGGAACACCCCAGUCCUGGAAUGCAACAGAGAAGACAUACCACACGCACCGGCGUCGGCGCUGGCUGCGGAGACGCUGUCGGGACCUGAACGCUCAGAGCCAGGAGCAGGAAAUCGCCUCCUUUCUCCAGCUGCACUCUACAGGGAAGCCGGCGGAAGAGGACACCUGGGAAUACGCCUCCUUUUUUGGCUGGAAGUUCCACCUGCAGCCCCGGCCGCAUGACGCUUACCGGCGGCGCUGCUGGCGCAGGAAGCUCGUGCCCGUGCAGCCCACCAGGGUGGCUCCCAUUUUCCUCUUGGAGGGCUCCCUGGGUGUGGAGUUUGAAGAUCAAGAGAAGGAGGAAGGAGAGGAGGAGGAGAAAGAGAAACAGAAGGAGCGAAGUGAGGGAUUGAAGCCUCUGCAGCUGGGCCCUGGAUGGUGGCAGGAACGGGGGGACACCGCCAGGCACCUCUGCAUAACAGAGCCCAAUUACUACCAGCUGCACUGCUACAUCUUCCAAGCCAGAGAUCUGACACCGAGCGAUGGCAGGAGCUCCUCCGAUCCCUAUGCCCACGUGUCCUUCCUGCACAGGAGCCAGCGCACACAGACCUUAACUGCCACCCUGAGCCCCAGCUGGGACCAGACCCUCAUCUUCGACCAUGUGCUGAUUUACGGAGACCCCCAGGCCACCCGGCAGGACCCGCCACUGGUGGUUUUGGAGUUGUUUGACCGGGAUAUCAUUGACAAGGAUGACUUCCUGGGGAGGAGCAUGUGUUCCCCACUGGUAUGUCUGGAUCUCAGAUCCCGACACCUCCCCCGCCUCCAGUGGUAUCCAAUCACAAAGCAGCAGAAGGAAGCGGGCGAGCUCUUAGCUGCCUUUGAGCUCCUAUUGGAUCCCAAGGAUGGUGCACCAGGCCGCCUUCCCGCCCCCUCCUGGAAGAACGGGGUCUACGUCAUCCCUAGCGACAUCCGGCCCACGCUCAGACUGAUGGCCAUUGAGAUCCUGGCCUGGGGCCUGCGGGGCCUGCAGAGCUACAACCUGCUGAGCGUCAUGGCACCGAGCCUGGUGGUGGAGUGUGGAGGAGAAGCCAUCCAGACGGCUCCCAUCAGAGACCUCCACGAGAACCCCAACUUCCCAAUCAAUGUCUUCCUCAUGAGAGUGCACCUGCCCAUGGAAGAAGAUUUAAUGCCCCCCAUCGAGCUGAAGGUCGUGGACAACCGGGAGUUUGGGUACAAGCCAGUGGUGGGCCAGGCCAGCGUGAGAUCCCUGCGCCAGUACAUGUGCGAGCCGUCUGCAGAGGGGCACCAUCCCAGCCUGCCACCCCCAGUGGCUCCCAAGGGGAAGAUCGCGAAGAUGCUGGGCAGGAUGGCUGCCGAGUCGUGGCUUCGAACCACACUGAGAGCAGAAAAGGCUCACGCUGCUCUUCCUUCCGUUCUUCCCCAGGAGGAGGAGGAGUGUGUCGACUGGUGGAGCAAGUUCUAUGCUGCCACGGGGGAUCUGGCAAAGAGCGGCGGCUACCUGCAGACAGGGCUGGACAGCCUGAAGGUCUAUAACUGUGAGUUGGAGGCUGUGCCGGAGUUCCAGGGCCUGCAGGAUUUCUGCCAGACCUUCAGGCUGUACCGUGGGCGGGUGCUGGAGGAGGCCAGCGAAGACCCCCUGGUGGUCGGGGAAUUCAAGGGACUCUUCCAGAUCUAUCCACUGCCAGAGGACCCCAGCUCCCCACCACCGCCGCGCCAGUUCCAGGAGCUGCCCGAAAGUCAACCCCAGAAGUGUCUGGUCCGGGUUUACAUCGUCCGGGCCUUUAACCUCCCGCCAAAGGAUAGGAACGGCCUGUGCGACCCCUACGUGCGGGUCACCCUGGGCAAAAAGAAGCUGGGGGACAGAGACCAGUAUCUGCCCAACACCCUGGAACCUGUCUUCGGCAGGGUGUUCGAGCUCCCGUGCACCCUCCCGCUGGAGAAGGACUUGCAGAUCUCGCUCUUUGACUACGACCUCAUCCUCCCCGACCAGAAGAUAGGGGCCACCAGCAUCGACCUGGAGAACCGGCUCCUGUCCCGCUUCCGGGCCAACUGCGGGCUGCCCCAGUCCUACUGCAUUUCCGGCCCCUGUCAGUGGCGAGACCAGCUGCUCCCCACCCAGUUACUGGAGAACUUUGCCAGGAUGAGGAGUCUGGCCCUGCCCGAGUUCAGCGCAGACGGGGGCAAAGCCACUUUCAUGGGCAGGGCCUUCCUGCUGGCGCAGUUCGAGAGCAAGGUCCCUGCGCACGGUCACCUGGGGCCCCCAAGAGAGCGCCUGGCCCUGCACCUGCUCCGCACCUGUGGGCUGGUCCCCGAGCACCUGGAAACCAGGACCCUGUACCACAGCAUCCAACCCGGCAUUGACCAGGGGAAGCUGCAGAUGUGGGUGGACAUUUUCCCAGAGAGUUUUGGCCCCCCAGGCCCUGCCUUCAACAUCACCCCACGGAUGCCCAAACGGUACGAGCUGCGCUGCGUCGUCUGGAACACGCGGGACGUGGAUCUGCGGGACACCAGCAUCACGGGGCAGAGGAUGAGCGACAUCUAUGUGAAAGGGUGGCUGGAUGGCCUGGAGGAGGAGAGGCAGAGAACCGAUGUCCACUACAGGUCCCUGGGAGGAGAGGGCAACUUCAACUGGAGGUUCAUCUUCCCCUUCGAGUUCCUGCCCAUGGAGCAGGUCUGCGUCCUGCCCGAGAAGCAACAUCUCUGGAGCCUGGAUGAGACGGUGCUGAAGGUGCCCCCCAAGCUCAUCCUCCAGGUGUGGGACAACGACAAGUUCUCGGCUGACGAUUUUCUCGGGGUUCUGGAAAUCAAACUGCUCAGCAUGCCCUGCCCAGCCAGGCGCCCCCGGGCCUGCACCCUGAAAAUGCUGCAGGAUGAGAGCGACUCCCCCACCCCACCCCGCUUCCCCAGGAGAACCUCCCUCUUCAAGCAGAGGCUCGCCCGAGGCUGGUGGCCGUGCGUGGUGCAGGAGGAGGGCAGACAGCGGCUGUCGGGCAAGAUUGAGCUGACGCUGGAGCUGCUGACGGACAAGGAGGCAGAAGAGCGGCCUGCUGGGAAGGGAAGGGAGGAGCCAAACAUGAACCCCACCCUGCACCCACCCGUGCGCCCAGAAGCCUCGUUCCUGUGGUUCACGGCCCCCCUCAAGAGCCUGCGCUACAUCCUCUGGCAGCCGCACAAGUGCAAGAUCAUCUUGGGGGUCGUGCUGUUCCUGCUGCUGCUCCUGCUCGCAGCCUUCAUCUACGCCACCCCGCGCUACUUGGCCAUGAAGCUGAUAAACCCCUUCCGCAGUCUCCAUUCCUUCGGGAGCCUCAAUCCUCUGGCGGGGAGCAGCGGGAGCCCGUAGGCCACAGGCCA